AAUAAAUGAUUUUACUCAAAUACAAAUGUACAUGAUAUGUUUUCAUGUUAUUUGUAUGUCCACCAUUCUGAAUAAUAUUUCUAUAACUCAGCCCUUACUGACAAUAAUGUCAAUGCGGGUGUUUUUUACAUAUGCGAGGAAUUAUGAUAGGAGGCUGUAAAUUUUUGUACAAUCCUGAGCUAUAUAUGGGUUGAAAAGUGAUACCACCUAUCUAUGUUUUUACUGAUUUAGGUAAGUUUUUACAAAAUAAAAUUAGGAUUGAAUCAUUUUUAUAAAUAACGCAUCGUCCUGUCACAGUUUAAAAAUUUUAAUUAACUUAAAAAAAAUUUAGGUAAAUCAUAAUUAUUAAACAGUGGCCUAGAUUAAGAUUUGUCAAAGCUCUAAGAAGGUAGAUAAAAACAAGAUUGCGGGAGUGCCUGACCACAAUUUGUCAGAACAUUAUUAUUCAUUUGUUUUGAUUAGCGGAAGCCCAUGGCUGUCAGCUAGGUCGAGUGAUGGAUGACUCGUGACAAUGCUCCUACGGGGACGCGUGUAGGCGUUGUCUUGACAGCCAAAAUCUGUGCACUUUCCUUCGACUUUCUCUCGGAGGUGCGAAAGGUGUUCAAAUCAUUCGAGGGGCUCACAAUGCUUAUUCAGUAGCUGGCGCCUCAUAAGUGUACGCGUUCUAAUCGCGACAAGAGCGAUCGAAACGGGCCCUCGUUCCGCGAAGGGUGCAGCGCGCGUAUUUCAGAUAUUCAAAACACCUGCAUGCUACUUCCGAGUGAAUGUUUAUAAGCAGUGCGACUCUUGCCAAAGAACGAUUAGUUGUUCGUUUCGUGUGCUGCGAUGUGAGGCAGAAAUGUCGUUCAGAACUUUUAUAGUGACUCUUACUGUGAUGUACUUGGUACAAUGCGUUGCUCCGGCGCGGUUUCCGGAGCUUCUGCCAACAUUUGGGUGGUGGCAGGAGGAGGGGCGUGGUGAGCGGGGUCACGGCGCAGACGUACAAGUAGUGUACUUGCCAGCGUUGUUGCCGCGGGAAGCACAGUCCUCCGUGGACGGUAGCAAUGAUGACGUUCCUUUACCGUACAACUUUGAUGCGUUCGGUCGUAACUUCGAUCUUCAGCUGGUGCCAAACCGUCGACUGGUGUCUCCAGAGUUCCGCGUGUGGACCGAACGUGGGGAAGAGAAACCCUUGUCCAGCGUGGAUGCCUCUUGCCAUUUCCUGCAUGCUAGUCCUAACGCAGUAGCUGCCUUCUCGGCUUGCAAAGAUCAUGCACUACACGGACUAAUCGUCGUCGAUAACUCUACAUAUGAGGUCCGCCCGUUGCCUUCUGGUGUUGGCCGUGCUGAGAACAGCUAUGGUCGUACUGCACACGUAAUUCGAAGAGCAUCUCCUCCUUCACCGCCCGUCGAUGAUGCCAGAGUCCUAAGACCGCGGCCGCGGCGCCGUCCGCGAAACCACACUCCUCCAGUGAAGAAAGGCCCGGCCAGCUAUACCAUAGAAAUAGCACUGUUUCUCGACGAAGCUGCAUAUAAAAUUUUUCAUCCAUUUUUUCAUUACAAUGAAGCUGAUUUGCGUGAUAUGUUGCUGGCUUAUAUAAAUGGGGUACAGGCGCUAUAUCAACAUUCUUCCCUUGGUACUCAUAUCCAGUUGUCACUAGUGAGGUUAACGUUAUUAAGGUCUCAGCCAACUGAUCUUUCAGCGCAUGCCGAACGUGGCAAACUCCUAGACUCUUUCUGUGCAUAUCAAAGAUCACUAAACGUUGAAGAUGAUGAAGAUCCCGAACAUUGGGAUAUGGCCUUACUGUUAUCUGGAUUAGAUUUUUAUUCAGAAGAAAAUGGUCGGCGGAACGGCGUCACUAUGGGCCUAGCGCCCGUGGGUGGGGUGUGCUUGCCGGCGCACGCAUGCGUGGUGUCGGAGUUCGGUGCCACGGACGUGCUCGGCCGUCCCUACCCGUCAGCAGGCUUCACUUCCGUCUACAUACUGGCGCACGAGAUCGGACACAACUUGGGUAUGCAUCACGACGGUACCGGGAACACGUGCGCCCGCGACGGUUACAUAAUGUCGCCGUCUCGAGGAACCAAUGGAGAGGCUUCCUGGUCAUCCUGCAGUGCUAGAGUCGUUGCCGACCUCAAAUGGGCUACUUGCCUGUUGGAUGGUGACGACGGCGAGGAAGACAUCCCAAAUGAGCUUCAGCAUGAACGAUUUAGCGGAGCGCCUGGUGCUAUAUGGAGCGCAAAGAAACAGUGUGAGGUUUUGUUGCGUGACGCGGACGCAGCGCCUUGGUCGGGCGGCGGAGACCAGCGGGGGCAAUGCGCCCAGCUCGCGUGCCGCACCCCGCACCGCGCCGGCUUCUUCUACGCCGGCCCCGCGCUGCCCGGCACUGCUUGUGGCAAUAAAAUGUGGUGUCAAGGUGGGGAGUGUGUGCCUUCGAACUCCGUACCGACAUCCAGCACGCGCGUUCCGCCAUCGGCCGGUAUGGCGGAGGGCGAGUCUGGCGGCUGGACCGUAUGGAGAGAAGGCGCGUGUCGGUCCGGCUGCUCAGCCAAGUCGCGGGGCUUUAGAGAACGUAGACGGGAAUGCGCUACGACCACCACCUGCCAAGGAUCCGCUUACGAUGUCGUACUGUGUGAUGAUACCAAGGUUUGCGGCAAGAAGAGCCGAGUGAGUGCCAAUGAGCUUGCUUCCCGCAAGUGCAGCGAGUACGCGGCGCGCGUGCCGUCGCUGGACGCGCGCGCCGGCGGGCUGCAGGCCCCGCAUGAUCCUACUCGCAUGUGGAUGGGGUGCGCAAUAUUCUGCAGGCGAGCUUCCGGCGGUGGGUUUUACGCUCCUCGGGUGGAACUCAACGCGGCAGGUCUCGAUCCCUAUCUGCCUGACGGUACCUGGUGCCACAACGAUGGGAAACAUGACUAUUACUGCAUGCAACAUCAUUGUCUGCCAGAGAAUUUCAAGAUGUCAACGCAAUACCACAUUUGGGAGUUGCCAUCUCAGGACAUUGGCGGGUCGUUUAACGCUCGUGCUUUGACCACUCCUGAUGAUGAAGCCGCCGAGGCGGCUGUACGAGAAUAUUUAUCUUUAGACAGCCAUGGAGUGCCUCUUACGAGAGGCGCAUUCCCUCCAAGUUUACCCGAUGAACCUGAAGACAACUGGGAGGUAGUCGACUACGUGGAAAUUCAUAGAAAUGACCCCUCUUAAUUGAAGUCAAGACGUAGACAAACUAGUCCUUCGGCCAAAAUGACUACGCCUAUGACUGUGUUACAGUAUGAAAUCAAGUUGCGGUUAGGCUUAGAUGUGUCACUAAUGUUUCAAAGAUUAACAUUAAAAACGUAACUAACUUACUAUAUUAGAUCGAUUCUUAUGUCAACAGUUGAAAAUACAAUUCAAUUUUGACUUAGAGACGAUAGGUUGAUAGAAAAUAUAGUACUCCGAUACUUUGGUAUGUGUGGAUAACUAACGACUGCCAACUGCCAACAGAACAUUGGCCAGUGUAACUGCGCCGGAGAACAACUAGGGAAGUUGUCGAUUACGUCGAUACAAACGUCAAACGGGAAAAAGGAAGUCAUUUGACGUCAUUGACCUCUUCAUAGUAUAAACAUAUUGCAGUUGAUUCAACUAAAGCAUAUGCUAAGAUUAACAGAAAUAUCGCUAAAAGACUGAUAUUUACAAAAUUGUCAGAGUCUGACAACUCGAGAAUUUCGUAGUAAAUAACUAAAUUAUGUAGGUCUGUUUCAGUGUAGUUUGAUAAUAACAAUGGCUAAGGCAUCGCCAAUAAAUUUUGGACCCAGUUCGCACAACUUUAGUCUAAUUUAAAUUAAUUCAAUUUAAUUUAGUUUAAUCCAAUCCAUUUUAAUUAAUCCAAUUUAACUUAAUUUGGUAGUUUGUAAACAGCAUCAUCUUGCCAAAAUAUUUUUGUAGUUUAUGUGGUUAGUCGGUAUAGUCAUUAUACCUUCGUCUUCAAGGAAUAUAAUUUACUAAUUAAUGCAUUUUAAUCUGAAUAAUUAACUUAAAGUAUUAUAGAUUAUAAUUUUCUUGCUAAUUUCCAGUUAUAAAAUUGGUUCUCAACUUAGUUACCGAAUUCUAAAGAAGAUGGAAACGUACUAGUCGAUUUAUUAUUAUUUUAUCUUACAAGUAUUCAAUUAUUGUAUUUAAAUUGUGACUAAAUUAAAUUUAAAACAUGUAAAACAACUUUAGGUGUAAUAAUUUAAUUUAAGUUUAUAGUGAAUAAAGAAUAAAACAUUUCAAUAAUA